GAUGGUCAACAAGACUGGAUCAAUAUUGGCACAUUACUUAAGCAACAUGAAAACAGCCCCGAUCAUGCUAAAAAUGUGCUGUCUUGGAAGGAGCUAGAAGUCCGUCUACGAAAAGGGGAGACAAUAGAUCAGACUGAAUUGUCCCUCUUAGAGGCAGAGAGAAACAGGUGGAGAGAGGUCCUCAUUAGGCUUGUGUCAAUCAUACAAUCUCUAGCAGAGAGGAACAUGGGUCUUAGAGGAUCUGUUGAUACGUUACAUGCCAACAAUAAUGGUAACUUCCUAAAAGAGGUGGAAUUACUAGCGAAGUUUGAUCCGGUUUUAAAAGAGCAUGUACGACGUAUUGACAGUGGAGCAAAUCACACAACAUACUUAGGGAAAACAAUACAAAAUGAGCUUAUCGCUUGCAUCAGUGACACCAUUCUCCGUACAAUUGUUGUUCAAAUCAAGGAGUCAAAGUAUUUUUCCCUGAUUUUGGACUGCACUCCAGAUGUCAGCUACCAGGAGCAGAUGUCUGUUGUGAUCCGUACAGUCGACCUAAAAAACACACCAGAAAUCAGAGAGCACUUCCUGGGGUUCCUAUUAGCCCAUGAAUCAACUGGACUCGGCUUAUCCACACUGAUUCUAAGAAGGCUAGAGGAGCUGAACAUCCCCUUUGAGGACUGCAGAGGACAAUCUUAUGACAAUGGUGCCAACAUGAAAGGCCGAAAUAAAGGGACACAGGCCAGGCUGUUGAAGAAGAAUCCUCGAGCUCUCUAUGUACCUUGUGCAGCCCACACAUUAAAUCUGAUGGUGGCAGAUUCAGCCAAGGGGUCAGUGGAUGCUACUAACUUCUUCGGAGUGGUCCAGAAAUUGUACACCUUAUUUGCAGCUGCUUCCCAGAGGUGGGCCAUCUUAAAAGAUCAUGUGGACCUCACUGUCAAGGCCUGGAGUGAAACAAGGUGGGAGAGCCGAAUUAACAGCAUUGAGCCUUUACGCUACCACACCGUCAAAGUCAGGGAAGCUUUGCUUGAGGUGAGGGAAAAGACAAAUGACCCUAUGAUUAGAAUCGAGGCCCAGUCCCUGGCAGAAGAAAUUGGAUCAUUUAGGUUCCAGAUCUGCACAGUUGUCUGGUAUGACAUUCUAUCAAAAAUUAACACAGUUAGCAAACUCCUUCAGUCCGUCAACAUGCAGCUGGACAUAGCAGUAAAUCUCAUAAAUAAAACCAAAGCAUCUCUACAGACCUACAGGGCAACUGGGUUUGUAGAUGCUCAGACCACUGCAAAAGAGCUCUGUGAAAACAUGAAUGUUGAGGCAGUGCUGAAAGAGAAGAGGCUGCGAAGUACAAAGAAGCACUUUACCUAUGAGGCAGCUGACGAGGUAGUGAUCACUGCAAUGAAGAGACUGGAAAUAGGAUUUUUCAAUGUUGUGGUGGAUUGUAGCAUCCAGUCUUUGGAGGACCGAUUCAAGUCAAUGGGGGAAGUAAAAGAUAAAUUCGGAGUGCUCCUGAACUUCCACAAACUAGAUGAAGAGUUACUCAAAGAGCAAUGUGCCCAGCUCGGAAAAACACUCACCUGCGGAGAAGAGGCAGAUAUUGAUUGGAGAGAGCUAGCCAUGGAGAUGCAGAGCCUUCCAGAGCUUCCAAAAGAAGUCACGACAGCGUUGGAGCUACUUAUUCAUAUACAUGAAAGGGGGCUGUGUGAGUUAUACCCAAAUCUUUGGGUAGCGCUGAGGAUAGCCUGCACUCUUCCAGUGACAGUGGCAACUGCAGAGAGAAGCUUCUCUAAGCUAAAACUCAUAAAAACCUUCCUGAGGUCCUCCAUGUGUCAAGAACGCCUGAGCGGAAUGGCAAUGAUUAGCAUCAAUCACCAGAUAGGCAGCCAAAUCUCAUAUGAUGAGGUUAUAAAUGACUUUGCAUCCAGGAAGGCCAGAAGAGAACAAUUUUGA